GCUCGAACAGUGAAGUGCUUGACAUGCCCGAGUGGCUCCGACCUGGCGCCAAAGUUCAGCACUUAAACGCUAUGUUAAAACUCGACGUGAGGUAUCAAAAUAACCCGAGGAAACAUUUAGGACUGCACUUGUGCUCCCUUGAAAUUUUUGAGACUUUUGUUUGCUGAAGACUAAAUAAUGAAAAGAGAUGUCAUCCCAGCGAGCACAGUGCCCAAUCUGCAACAGGGAGUUUCCCAUGCAGUCUAUGAACAAACACAUUGACAGUUGUCUUCUUGAGGAACAUGACACAGAUGAUGGUGCGAAGUCAUCAGAUGGCCCACCGGGGAAGACGCUAUUGUCCCAGAGGAAAAGAGCAAGGUUGUCAUCGGAAGGUGCCCAGCCAGCAGCCUCCCCUGGGUUUGUAGAAAGGAUGGGAUCAGGAGAGGAUGCCAGCCUUGAUAAACCCAAAGAGGUUGAAAGUGACAGCGAAUCGGGAAAGAGGAAACGACUAAACCAGUGGGGCUCCUUACUGCGGCCUGUCAGCAAGCCAUCUAAGGCAGUUGUGGAGGAGCGGACAGCCAACAAGAUGAAAAGUAAGCUGCCCGUUUCAAAGUCGGGACACAACCUCCCACAGAAGAUGCCCUUAUCAGAUUUAGAAGCCACACCUCCUUCCUUGUCACAGUCGUCGUUGUCGUCACAGGAACUGUCCGUCCAGAUGCCCGCUCGUCCAGCCAAGAUGGAAUUCAGGCCCCUGGCUGAGCGGGUACGCCCCCGGAGCUUUGCCGAGUUUGUCGGGCAGGAAGUGGCCAUCGGACAUCGGUCAUUGCUCAGGCAGCUCCUGGAGAGUGAUGCAGUUCCGUCCUUGAUAUUCUGGGGUCCACCCGGAUGCGGAAAGACCACUCUGGCCAACAUAAUCGCUCAGCGAGCCAAAGCUAGCGGCAGAGCACGCUUUGUGUCCAUGUCUGCCACACUAGCUAACGUUUCCACCGUCAAGGAUGCGGUGACUGCUGCGGCCAAUGAGCAGAGGAUGACCAAACGCAAGACUAUCCUCUUCAUUGAUGAGAUACAUCGCUUUAAUAAACUCCAGCAGGACACAUUUCUCCCGCACGUCGAAAACGGCACCAUCACGCUCAUCGGUGCCACCACCGAAAACCCCUCCUUCAAAGUCAACAGCGCCCUUCUGAGCCGCUGCCGGGUGAUAGUCCUAAACAAGCUGACCACUGAUGAGCUGGUGCUAAUUCUGCGGAGGGCGGCCGCCGAGCUUGGGGUGGCUGUACUCGAACAGGGGAAGGAGGUGAAAGGGAAUGGGCAAGAAGGUAGCAGUGAUGACAAACAGGCAGAGAGCGGACCUGCUGACAGCCGAUCAUCCAUUUGCAUAGAGAAGACAGCCUUGACUUACCUUGCCAAUCUCUGCGACGGCGACGCGCGGAGCGCCCUCAACACACUGCAGAUGGUCACUGAGUCGCAGCUUGCCGUGCCUCAGCAGAGCGCGAAUGGGGAUUCACAGCACUAUGUAAACGGUCCAGGAGUUGGCUGUGGCACAGGACCGAAGUGCCCCAUCUCAGUGAGCCAUAUAAAGGACGCACUGCAGCGGACUCAUGUUAUGUACGAUCGGGAAGGGGACGAACACUACAACUGCAUAUCAGCGCUUCACAAGUCGAUGCGGGGUAGUGACGCAAAUGCAGCCCUGUACUGGCUAGCCCGCAUGCUCAUUGGAGGAGAGGACCCUCUGUACAUUGCACGCCGACUCAUUGCAUUCGCCAGCGAAGACGUCGGUCUAGCCGAUCCGCAGGCCUUAACUCAGGCGGUAUCAACGCACCAGGCCUGUCAUUUCCUCGGCGUGCCGGCGUGUGAGGUGGUCCUUGCUCAGUGCGUGAUCUACCUCGCCAAGGCCCCUAAAUCCAGCAUGGUGGAGUGUGCCCUCAUGAGCGUCAAGAAGCACAUCCAGGAGUACGAAGGUCCCCUGCCCGGUGUGCCCCUUCACCUCCGGCCAGCAUCCACCCAGCUGAUGAGGGACCUAGGUCAUGGGAAGGGGUACGUGCACAGUGCUGCAGCGGGUGAUCAAAGGUUCCUGCCCGAAUGCAUCAAGCAUGUGGACUUCUUUGACAAUGCUGAUCUGUUUCUGUAAGUUGCGCUCUCCUCAUCAGAGCAACUUUGUAGUGGUUGGUGUAAGUUUCUCAUUGAAGAGCAAGUUCAGCUGAAGCUCUUCCUCUCAAAGGAGUAGGUUGUUAGCGGCUUUACAGGAGUGAUUGUAGUAAAGUGGCUUGCUCAGCGACACAUGUGGGUGGAGUUAACAAAUGAAAAACUACCACAAACAUAGCACACAUUGGAGUUCGAUGCUCCAUGUCACCUGCACUAAAAGCAAGGUAGGUUAGGCAUUGAGGAAAUUCAUCCCAGCCCUUUGAAUACUUCGUAUAGAACCACCACCUUCCUUCUGUCUGGUCUUGUAUCAGUCUCCACUACAACAGUGGCCAAUGGCUUGUUAGUGCACUUCUUAUAUGGGCUGUGCCGAAUAUCCGAAUCGAUUGUCGAAUAUUCAAAUAUUGUUUUUCAAAUUUGAAUAUUCAAAUGCAAA